GUCCGAGUGCAUAAAUCGUCAUUUGGUGUAUCGUUUGAGGUUUCUUGCGAGGUCAUGCAGAACAUCAGGGUGCGGCUGCAGGGUGGCCAGCAUCCUGCGCCACUCAUCACACUCACACACUUGACUGUACCAACACAACCACACAACCACACACACACACGCAGAUUCAUGUCAUGUGCCGUGUGGGUGUUUUGUAUCAUUCUGUGUAUACCCAGGGGUCCGUUCGAAUCUGGCCAUGAGACAGGGCAGCGCGCGGCAGUCCUCCCACGGCCCCCUCUCCUCCAACACCAUCGACCGCUCUAUCGCAUCCUCCCGGUGAAAUCCGCCGUCAGCCUCUUGUGCAGCAGCACUCUCGGCCUCGUCGGCGAUUGGCAGCGGAGUCCUCUUGGGAAGGAGGUCAGAGUGCGGCGGCUGCGUGAACAGGAGGGGCAGCUCGAUGGUGAAGAUCUCCUGCAGCUCCUGCACGAACAACAGGUCGUCCUCGACACUCCGCAGGUCCGCACUCAGCGUCUCGAAGGCCGCCUCCCUCUGCUCAGCAAGGAAGGCCUCACGCAGCCGCUUGGGCAACGUCUCCUGCACACGCGCACACAACGUCGAAGAGACGGGUGGUGCUGAUGAGACGGGCCAGCACUGAGCUCACUUACUUCAACUGCUCGGUCGGCAAUGGAUGUCUGUCGUGGGCCGCCAGGCGGCCUCGAUGGCAGCCCGAACACCUCUGGGGGCGGCUCCUUGCGGCAGUGGCAGAGUGCGUUGAGGACGCCCAGUUGUGUGCGUGUUGCGGUGAGGUGCCUGUCGGCCUGGUAGAGCAUCCUCUUGUCGAAGAACAGCACUGCCAGGUGGUAGUAGAGCGACAGCUCUUCCGUGAAGGACUUCUGCUUCCUCGCCAUGCGGGCCGUCAGGUCCUUCUCCUCUUCUCUGUGAUGGUUUGUCUGCCAGGGAAGGGAAGAAAGAGCUCGUGAGACACCCAUCCCAUCGCGAGUACGUAUUUCUCCGUGUGGUGUGGUGUGGUGUCUGUCUCCCUACCAGUCGAUGGAUAACGGUGAGAUUGUGACGGGCACAGCCCUCAGGAAGGCCUGCACAACCAUCGGAAAACACCUGCUGAUUGAUGUUGUGUGUUCUGCAGGCCAGCCAUACCCACCCCUGUCUCUUAGAAGGUCACACGCCAGCUGCGCCUGUUGCCUCGCCCACUCAGCCUUGCCCUCAUCCCUAUGCACACGCCAAGUAACCGGCCAGCCAUCAGAUCCGCUCGACACAGCGUCCGCCUUCCUUACCAGUAUCGAACAGAGAGGUUGAAGUACGCCAGCACACGAGUGAUGAACGCCUUGCACAGCCGCUCGACCUCAGAAACGACAGGACGUGAGACGGCCAGAGCCGCGUAGCGACCCCUUUGCGCUUCUCGGGCCAGUGUCGUCGCGGUCUCAUCACGCGGACGCAAUCUGAUCGGAGGGAUCUCACGUCACCCACAUCCCAGCCACGGGCACGCCAACUGUCGUCUCUUCACCUCUUUGCCUCCCGGAACUCCUUCUCUGCGAGGCGCCACAACUUGGCCUCUCCCUCCGCCGAUGAGGGCUCCUCUGCGUCCUCCCCCAAGCCUUCCUCGUCCCCUCCCUGGACCUGCCAUUGCCUUUCUUCCUCUUGGCGUCUCCGGCUCGAGUUGAUCUGCCGGAAGUACGACUUGCCGAGCUUUAAGUGGAGAUCGAAGUACUCGCCUGUGGUUGGCGCAAAGGCCUUGCGGCUUGGACCGCCGGCGGCUGUCGCUUUCUUCAUCAUUCAAGUUGAGCGAGGAGUCCAAAG